AUGGACGGCACAUGUGAUGGGCCGGAUGAUCAUACUCCCACCGCAAUCAGUCGGACUUCCACUGUCGUUGGUUUCAGGGAACAACAACCUCGGCCAUCAGUGGUGCAUUUCUUGUCUGACGACCACCUGAGCUGGAGAGAAAGAGACUGUGCUUCUUUUGUGAACCCGUUCUCCCCUGAAGAACCCUCGUCCAGAAAGACUUCCGCCUCUUCUGAAGCCACAGCAUACCUCCGGCCCAAUGCCUUUGCUGGCCAUCGAGACACGCUGGCAAGAUUGCACUAUUACAACACCAGAUACAAUGACGACGAGGAUGCUGCAGACAGUGACAUGGACUCAUUCUCGACCGCCCUUACCCGUCAGCCGUCGGUGUCUGGAAUAUCUAGACGGGCCAGCCUUGCCGGAGCAAAUCUGGACCUUUUCUAUCCGCAGCGAGUUGUCGAUACUGUGCUCCAGUAUGUGGCGUUUGAUGAUUACAAGGCUAUGCGACUAGUAUGCCGCCAAUGGAAUGCAAACUUGCCUCAACCCAGCUUUCCUGGGGCGUACCUUGUUCCGAGAGAAAUACUGAAAGAAGUCUUCUCCUAUUUGGCACCCUGUGACUUUGAUGCAGCCCGCCACACGUGCAAAGCCUGGUUCUUAGCUAGCUUGGACCGCAAGGUCUUAGAACCUAUGCUCAGAGCCAGUGGAUGUCAGGCUGCGCUGGCCACAGAUCUUGAACGGAUGCGUGGGUACAUCGCUGCGAAGAGACGAAGCUGGGACAACUAUUUUGGUCCAGUACAGGCCGACGCCGAAAAUAUCAUUGAUAAAGAGUGGCUGUGUUCCAAAAGAUUGGCUACAGAAAGUCGACUAGCACCCGACUGGCGAGGCUCUUUCCUCCCCAUUGAUACCAGUCUGCAGCCUAGACUUUCAAUCAUUGAAGAAGUCGAUUUCUCAAAGAUCAUCAUCUCACGCGCUUUACCAACAAAGCCCAGGUUUACAGUAUCCGCAUGUGGCAGAUUUGUCCUCGUGGUCUCUGGUGGUGACAUAUCCGUCUACAGCUUGUGCGAUUCAGAGCAGCCGCUUGCUCCAGUGGUCAGGCUAGCCACGGGGAUUGAUGUCUUGAAGGUCAGCAUGGAUACUAGUUCGGAACGAUACUCAGUUGCCGCUCUCCUUGCUGGCCGCAUCGGGAUGCUGUGGGAUUUAAAAGGCACUCACAUCCAGACAAGGUAUCGCAACAACUCCGGCGAGACGAUGAGCUUGAGCAUGCAAAAAGACAUCCAUAGCUCAGCCGACCACCGGCCUUCCACGCUCGCCAGUGUCAACCUCCCCAUCAAUCCACAUGAAACGCAUGCUGGCGGAAUGUCUGAUUUGAACCUUGGGUCAACGACGCCGGGUAACUAUACAUCCCCUCCUGGUGCUCUACCGAGUCCUUCACGCUUUUUGGACGAGCAGAUGCGUAGCUCGGAGAGCCCGGAAGAGAUUGAGGUUUUGUAUGAAAUAGAUAACUCCGACCAAGUCCAAGAACGUUUGGGAAUCCCAAUCGAGACCAGGGCAACGGCCAUUUACACUGAUCUCGGAAGUAUGGAUGAUCAGCCAAGGAGCGUGGCGAUUUGCCCCAACCGAAAGUGCGUUGCAUUUGGAUGUCGGAUGGGCAUCGAACUUCACUGGGUCGACGCACUUACUGGGGAUCAUCUCAACCGCUGGUUUCCUCUCGCUGCGCCGAGCGACUAUCUCUACUUUCUGCCUCGACGAAGUGGAUCGGACUCGAGAAGGAAGCUCAGACUGAUCUCGAGUGCUGCAGGGCCAGUUGUCACUCAGCUGGUAAGGAGCGAGAGUACGCCAGCCAAGUCGAAGUACUGGUCUACCCCAGCAACCUUUGGUCGACGACAAAGCUUGACAAGGCUCUUCUUUGGGAAUCUACCAUUUCCUACUCCCGCCGGCGGCUCAGCCGACUUGUCUGGUUCAGUCGCCCCCCCAAGAGCCGAUGAAGCCCAAGGGGUUCUGCGGACAGUUGAUUGUGAUCACUUCCAUGCGGUCCCUGUGAGCGACGGAUUUCACCUCAUUUUCACGGAUCCGGAGAGUGGCCUACUCUGCUUGGGUAGCGACGCGCCCUUGGGAGGUCCAACAAAACUUGUCCGGAAGAUCAAGUUCAUCCCCCCUGGAGAGGGCGGUCGAACACCUGCCCCACGCCGCUACGCAGUUGGCAAAGCCCUCGAAUGGGGUUUGCGGCUCGUGGUUGUCCACGAUAAUGAUGAAGUCGUGCUCUACAAUAUUCCCUCUGACAUUUUCGGGCAACUGCGAGACCAGAAAAGCUCGACCGACGUCUGGGACGAGAAUUCUGGUGUUGUUGGGCAAAGUGAUCUGAUCAUGGAUUCUCUGAUGAAUCGCGAUGAUAGCGGCUCGCCCAAUGCUUCAGCAGUCCAAGAAGCUCCAGAGAACGACGAUGGCUCUACCCACGAGCCACUACAGCUUGGUGGUUCUGUCAUUGCUCGUGUUGCCGAUCAGCUUGUAGACGAUAUUGCGGUCCAAUCCGAAAAAGGUGGACUAUCUGUUUGGAUCUUCUACAGAAAUGGGCUUGCUGAACUCUACAGCAUCCUCGCGCCUCAUCCGCUUCAGGUGCGAAGAAGACUUGUAGGAGAGAACGGCUUGAUCUGGGACUGUGACGACCAGAUGCCUGUCGAGAUCAGAACUGGUGCCCGGGGAAAGGGCAAAGAGAGAGCGGAUCAGGAAGCCAAGCACGUCAAAUGGGCCGGCCAGGGAGACUGUUGAUUGAGGCACUAGAGAGGGAGCAUCUUGAACAGCUGGCCAAGCUUCAAGUCUGUGAGAUUAUGAUCUACAAAUGGCGGUGCGGUCUAUGAAAAUCUAUACGGUCCGCAAAGGAGCGGGAGCGGUUGUUGUUGAAGAGAGGCUCGUGGAUUCCACGGAGAAUUGAUGCCGUGCACCUACCUUCCACGGGUUGGUGUCCUCAACGGUUUGGCGAAGCUAGAUUGGUUGCAAGGCACCCUAUUGAUACUCAUUGUGUGUUGCUUCUGGAGACGCGGUACCGUUGAGUUGAGUUCCUUUCACCCAAGGACCACCCUUUGCGCCACUACCAUCAGUUUAUGGC